AUGGGUCAGUCGCAUUCCAAGAGCAACGCCGGCUCGGGCGACCCGUUGCAGUCGUACCCGUCCUUUUCGAAAUCCGACACCAAAGAAUCAAUCCGCUCUCUCCGUGGCUCAAUUCGCUCCAAGAUCCGAAGCUCCGACAGCCCUCGUGGCUCGACAACUGCCCUCUCCCAAACCGACAGUCAAGGUGACCGUUCCGAUGCCGGCUCAAUCAGGUCGGCCAAGUCGUCCGGCAGCCGACCCGGCUCCAAUGCUGGUCUCUCUUCGCCUGGCUCCGAAGGCCCCUCACGCAAUGGCUCCCCCGAACCUCCCCCUUCUCCAUCGCUGUCUACCAGCCUGCAACGCGGCCAUAAGGAUGUGAGCGCUAUGCAACAGAGUGGCGAGGUUGACCUGGUAUCCGACGAUCCUCCUCAGGGUGGUCCGCCAGCCGGCCCUGGUGGCGUGGCGGGUGAAUCGAUUUUGAUCAAGAAACCGAAUCAAGUGAAUCCUAUCUUGGAUUUCAUUUUGAAUGCCCCGCUGGAGACAUCCGGAUCUCCCGGCAUGGGUAUGGGCGCUCUGAAGUCCAUUGAUCUCGACGACAUGAUCACGCGACUGUUAGAUGCGGGAUACUCGACUAAGGUCACCAAGACUGUUUGUCUGAAGAAUGCCGAGAUUACAGCCGUCUGCUCGGCUGCCCGUGAACUUUUUCUUUCUCAGCCCGCACUCCUAGAGCUCUCCGCUCCUGUCAAGAUCGUCGGUGAUGUUCACGGUCAAUAUACCGAUCUCAUUCGCCUUUUCGAAAUGUGCGGAUUUCCUCCCCAGUCGAACUAUCUGUUCUUAGGUGAUUAUGUGGAUCGAGGCAAACAGAGUCUGGAGACCAUUCUCCUCUUGCUGUGCUAUAAGCUCAAGUACCCUGAGAAUUUCUUCCUGCUUCGAGGCAACCACGAGUGUGCCAACGUCACACGUGUUUAUGGGUUCUAUGACGAAUGUAAGCGGCGAUGCAAUAUCAAGGUUUGGAAAACCUUCAUCGAUACUUUCAAUUGCCUCCCGAUUGCAUCAAUCGUUGCGGGAAAGAUCUUCUGUGUCCAUGGAGGUCUUUCGCCGAGUCUAUCGCAUAUGGACGACAUUCGAGGCAUUGCACGACCUACCGAUGUGCCCGACUAUGGUUUGCUGAAUGACCUUCUUUGGAGUGACCCAGCGGAUAUGGAGGAAGAUUGGGAGCCCAACGAGCGUGGUGUCAGCUAUUGCUUUGGCAAAAAAGUGAUUAUGAACUUUUUGCAGAGGCACGAUUUCGACCUGGUGUGCCGUGCACACAUGGUGGUUGAAGAUGGAUAUGAAUUUUACCAGGAUCGUGUUCUGGUGACGGUAUUUUCCGCACCUAAUUACUGCGGCGAAUUUGACAAUUGGGGCGCGAUCAUGUCUGUUUCAGGUGAACUGCUCUGUAGCUUCGAGUUGUUGAAACCUUUGGACUCGACCGCACUGAAAAACCACAUCAAGAAGGGUCGCAAUAAGCGAAACAGCAUGUUGAACAGUCCGCCUGCACUGCCAGCCGCUCAAAGUUAUUAA